UUUCAGAGUGUCACAAUGAAAACCCCUUUUUGCGCUCUUUAUACUGUUUUCAAAUAUGAUCUUCUGUCAUUCACAUUAGGUGGCUUUUUGUUCAGUAGUCUGAGCUUUGGUGACCCAAACAGAAGAAAGAAAUCUCUUAUUGAUUCACUCCUUAACACUGGAUAUAAUGCUCCAGGAGGGGCUGAAGAUGGGUCGAGGAAACAUCGAGAUACUGAUAGUUUAGUGUUAAAAAACACUCCGGCAGAUAAUACCAACCCAAAAAGUAGGGCUGGAUUUAGUAGCAGUAUCUCUGGAAAUUUGGGAUUUGGUUUGGGGGCAUCUGAUCAGAAGGGAUUGGGCAUUGGUAGAGCUGACCGGAGUGAAAUAAGCAGCAGAGGAUCUGCCGGAGGUGAAUCAAUCGGUUUUGGAUUUGAUGUCCAUAGCCCAGUUGGAACUGGGUCUUUGGGUUGGGAACUUGGAAAGCAGAAGGGCAAUGCUGCAUUUGGUUUUGGAGCUUCUGGUUCAAGUUCAUUUGGUGACAGUGACAUUAAUGGCAAAAUAAAAAUUGAAGGAAAGCGAAUGAAUAGUUCUGGAGGACCCAUUCCCAAUGAUCUAGGUGAUACCAGUUUGAGAAAUCGGAAUACAUUUGCUGGUGACAGCUCUGGAAAAUCAGAAAUCAAUGUAGGGGUUUCUGGUCAACAGGGCUUUGGAAUCAAUGAAAUUGGAGGGACUAGAAUGAGAGGCAGUGGAUCUGCUGGGGCUGUAUUCAAAGGCUUUGGAUCUGAUGCUGGUAGCUCAGGCAAUACCAGUGCAAGAAUUGGGGAUAAUUUUGUUGAUGGGAUAUCAGAAAAUUUGAGAUAUGGUUUUGAGAAAUUUGGUCAAAAGGAAUUUGAAAGCAGUGGAUCUUAUCAGAGUGAUAAGAGCAGCAGGGAAUCUGAUGCCAGUGGCUCAGUGGAAAAGUCCUCAUCGUUUGAUUUGAGACAUGGAGAAAGGAAACGUGAAGCUAAAUUUGAUUUUGGAGAUUCUGGUUCAAAUCGAUUUGAUGACACUGGCCUUAGUAAAAAUGUAAUAAAAGGAGAAAACACUUGGUCUUCUGGUUCUGGAAGUGGUGAAGGAAGGAAGGGUACAGCUGGACUUGGUGGUGUUGCUUCUGGACCAAACGAAUUUGGUGAAACUGGCCGUGGUGGUACAGGUGUUACAAGCUCCUCUGAGAGCAGUACCUCUGGACCAUUCAGUACUCCAGAAAAAGGAUCCAAUAUUCCAGAAGCCAUUCCGAAGUACUCAGAAGUGAGCCCAGUUAUUGGUGAAGCUACUACUUGGGGCAAAGGAAUAUAUAAAGCUUUCAAUGGCCGCAUCUUUUCCUUUGAGUCUUCCUGCUCAUACACUUUCUGCCAUCACUGCGUUGAAUCUGGAGGAGAUUUCAAUAUUGAGAUCAAACGAAAGAGUAAUGGUGACUUUGAAAAAAUAGCAGUUGAAAUUGAUAAUAAUGAGGUCUCUGUUUCUGGUGAUCGCAUUCUAGUUAAUGAAGAAAGAGUGCAGAUACCAUAUGACAAUAAACUGAUACAUAUUAAAAAAUAUGGAGAACAUUUUGUCCUGAAAAGCCGUAGAGGAAUCCUGUCUUUGAUGUGGGGCAAAAAUAAACUCUCACUUACUCUUCACAAGCAAUAUCCAACUUGUGGUCUUUGUGGUAACUUCAACAGCACUCCAGGAGACAACAUCAAUGAGCACAUUGCCAAUAGUAAAAUUCCUGGAGAUUGUCCCAAAGCUUUUAGUAAAAGCUAUGAGAUUUGUGAAGAUGGUGUAGAGUACUGUGACAAAAUUAUUGGAACUUACUUUGAGAAAUGUAGAAAGGUCGCCGCUUUUUCUGAGGACUACAGAAUGAUUUGCGUUAAUGACUACUGCCAAAAUCCAGGCAAAAAUUCUACAUGUGACACUUACUCAGAGUUGUCCCGCCUCUGUGCCUCAGAUGGUCCCGGCAUCUAUGAAUCCUGGAGAGAUGAUUCUGAUGUGACUUGUGGAAAACCUAGAUGCCCAGAAAAACAUAUCUACAAAGAAUGUGGUCCCUCAAAUCCUGCAACUUGUUCUAAUGUGGCUCCUUUUCAAGAUAGUGAAUGUGUGAAUGGCUGCUUCUGCCCAGAAGGUUAUCUAUUGGAUGAUAUUGGAGAAAAAGGGGGAUGUGUAUUAAAGACUGAAUGUCCCUGUAGCUUACAUGGAAAGAUCUAUAAGUCAGGGGAAGUCCGAAGAGGUCCUUGUGGUUCUCAGUGCACAUGCCAGAAUGCUAAGUGGUCUUGUACGGAAGCAUUAUGUCCUGGAAGAUGUAAGGUGGAAGGAAAUUCAGUCACCACCUUUGAUGGCAUUAAAUACUACCAUCCUGGAAACUGUCACUUCUUGGCCAUCCAUCAUAAAGACUGGUCUGUUAGUGUUGAACUUCGUCCUUGUCCAAGUGGCCAGUCAGGAACGUGCUUAAAUAGUGUUACACUCCUCUUAAAUUCGCCUAUUUCAGGUAACAAGUAUGUAUUCAGUAGGAAUGGAACAAUCACAAACAAUGGGAUUGAAUAUACAAAUCAAAGUUAUGAUGAUUCAGGUGAAGUAUAUGUCUUCAAAGCAUCUUCCUCAUACCUUCAAGUAGAAACAAACUUCGGUGUAAAAAUGCAAAUACAAAUUGCUCCUGCGAUGCAGUUGUAUGUUUCAGUGCCACCUAACAGUUUCACAGAUACUGUAGGACUCUGUGGUUCCUUCAACAACAGAGUAGAGGAUGAUUUAAUGUCAAGUCAGAAUAUAUUGGAGAAGACACCUCAGGCAUUUGCUGAUUCUUGGGAAAUGAUGCCCUGUCCUAAAGGAAAACCCACUUCCUGCAUCAGUAUAGAAAAAGAAAAAUUUGCUGAAAAGCAUUGUGGAAUUUUUCUUGAUUCAGACGGGCCUUUUGCUUCCUGCCAUCCAGUUGUGAACGCUAAACCAUAUUAUGAGGAAUGCAAAAGGUACACUUGUACUUGUGAAAACAGUGAAGACUGCCUGUGUACGGUUUUUGGCAACUAUGUGAAAGCAUGUGCUGAGAAAGAAGUGUACAUGGUGGGAUGGAGAACCGGACUGUGUGAUUCCUCUUGUCCAAGUGACCUCGUUUUCAAGUACAAUAUAAAAGCCUGCAAUAAAACUUGUCGAUUAUUGUCAGAGAGAUAUAGAAGCUGUGAUAUAGAAGAUGUUCCAUUUGAUGGAUGCACUUGCCCUGAUGGAAUGUACCAGAAUAAUGAAGGGAAUUGUGUUCCAAAAUCUCAGUGUGACUGCUACAUAAAUGGCAAGGUCAUUCAACCAGGCAAACUCAUCAAUAUUAAUAACAACAGAUGUGUCUGUCGGGAUGGAAAUUUUCUUUGCCAGACUCCUAUUAGUUCAGCCCAACAGAAUUGUUCUGGAGGGGCUGAAUAUGUUGACUGCAGGGGCCCGAGGGCACGGAGAAGAGUUGACAGUAAAUGUGGUGCUUGGAACAUGCCUGGUUUUGAUGAAAACUUGCCUUGCAAAGCUGGGUGCUACUGUCCAGUAGGCAUGGUUCGAAAUUCGAAAGGGAACUGCGUCUUUCCUGAAGACUGCCCAUGUUCUUUUGGUGGAGGGGAGUAUGAACAAGGAAGUGUUACCUCAGUUGGCUGCAACAACUGUACUUGCGUAAAAGGAUCUUGGAGCUGUACACAAAAUAAAUGUCAAACCGUCUGCCACAUCUAUGGGGAAGGUCAUGUUAGAACUUUUGAUGGAAAAAGUUACAGCUUUGAUGGUCUCUGCCAAUAUUCAUUUGCUGAGGAUUAUUGCGGUCGGGAAAGUGGCACAUUCCGUAUUUUAACUGAAAGCGUCCCAUGCUGUGAAAAUGGGCUUACGUGCUCAAGAAAAAUCAUAGUUGCUUUUCAGGAUCAGAAUGUUGUCUUGCAUGAUGGUAAAGUAACAGCCUCCAAAAUUACAGAAAGUAAGGACUGUGGGCUCACUGAAAAUACAUAUUCCGUACAUACCGUUGGCCUGUACCUGAUUCUAAAAUUUUUAAAUGGGAUAACCAUAAUUUGGGACAAGAAUACAAGAGUUUCUGCUAUACUGGAUCCUCGCUGGCAUGGCAAAGUGUGUGGUCUUUGUGGAAACAACAAUGGUGAUCUCAAGGAUGAUUUCAUAACAAGGCAUUCAUCAGAAGCUAUUGGAGCACUGGAAUUUGGAAAUAGUUGGAAAACAAGUCAAAAAUGUGCAGACACAGCAGCACAAUAUUUCCCAUGUGACUCAAACCCAUACUGUAAAGCCUGGGCUGUGCAGAAAUGUGGGAUCAUCCGGGACAGCAUCUUCAAAGAAUGCCACCACAAGGUGGACCCCGAAGCUUACCUAGAAGCAUGCAUUGAAGAAGCCUGCUCAUGUGACAUGGAGGGGAAGUAUUUGGGAUUCUGCACAGCUGUGGCCAUGUAUGCAGAGGCAUGCAGUGCAGUUGGAGUCUGUGUCACAUGGAGAAAACCAGAUCUCUGUCCUGUUUUCUGUGAUUAUUAUAAUGGACCCGGCGAAUGCAGUUGGCGCUAUGAACCUUGUGGUACAGUAACCACAAAAACAUGCAGAGAUAGAGUUAUUGGCCAGAAAUUUUCUGCAGUUUUAGAAGGUUGUUAUGCUAAGUGCCCGGAUAAUGCUCCUUAUCUGGAUGAGAACCUCAUGAAAUGCGUCCGUUUAUCUGAGUGCAGCUGUUUCUAUAACGAUAUCGUACCAGCAGGUGGAGUGAUUCAGGAUGACUGUGGGAGAACAUGCUAUUGUAUCGCAGGAGAAUUGGAGUGCAGUGGUGAUGCUUCUUCUGCAAAUUCGACAUCCACAGCAAUUACAUCAGUAACCAGUAGCUCAGGCUCAGCAGCUUCCACUCCAGUGCUUACAAGAUCAAGCAGUGAAACAAUAGGAGGAACCGGCAGCCCGACUGCAGCCGCCAGAGGAGGGACCCCGAAAGGUACAGAGGGCUUCACCACAGCCGCAGGGAGUGAGAAGACAAGUGGAGAUUCAGCUGGCCCAGGCACAACCUUGGGAGACAGAGCAGGAACAGCUCGAGGUCUCCAGACUGAACGUUCUACUACAGGUGUUGCUGGACGUCCGGUUUCCACGACCCUCAAUGCUGGCAGCCUAGGCAGCACUGGAGCGGGCCCUGCCUUCACCAGUAGCCCUGGCCACACACCAGGAGGAACCGGCAGCCCGACUGCAGCCGCCAGAGGAGGGACCCCGGAAGGUACAGAGGGCUUCACCACAGCCGCAGGGAGUGAGAAGACAAGUGGAGAUUCAGCUGGCCCAGGCACAACCUUGGGAGACAGAGCAGGAACAGCUCGAGGUCUCCAGACUGAACGUUCUACUACAGGUGUUGCUGGACGUCCGGUUUCCACGACCCUCAAUGCUGGCAGCCUAGGCAGCACUGGAGCGGGCCCCGCCUUCACCAGUAGCCCUGGCCACACACCAGGAGGAACCGGCAGCCCGACUGCAGCCGCCAGAGGAGGGACCCCGGAAGGUACAGAGGGCUUCACCACAGCCGCAGGGAGUGAGAAGACAAGUGGAGAUUCAGCUGGCCCAGGCACAACCUUGGGAGACAGAGCAGGAACAGCUCGAGGUCUCCAGACUGAACGUUCUACUACAGGUGUUGCUGGACGUCCGGUUUCCACGACCCUCAAUGCUGGCAGCCUAGGCAGCACUGGAGCGGGCCCCGCCUUCACCAGUAGCCCUGGCCAUACACCAGGAGGAACCGGCAGCCCGACUGCAGCCGCCAGAGGAGGGACCCCGGAAGGUACAGAGGGCUUCACCACAGCCGCAGGGAGUGAGAAGACAAGUGGAGAUUCAGCUGGCCCAGGCACAACCUUGGGAGACAGAGCAGGAACAGCUCGAGGUCUCCAGACUGAACGUUCUACUACAGGUGUUGCUGGACGUCCGGUUUCCACGACCCUCAAUGCUGGCAGCCUAGGCAGCACUGGAGCGGGCCCUGCCUUCACCAGUAGCCCUGGCCACACACCAGGAGGAACCGGCAGCCCGACUGCAGCCGCCAGAGGAGGGACCCCGGAAGGUACAGAGGGCUUCACCACAGCCGCAGGGAGUGAGAAGACAAGUGGAGAUUCAGCUGGCCCAGGCACAACCUUGGGAGACAGAGCAGGAGGAACCGGCAGCCCGACUGCAGCCGCCAGAGGAGGGACCCCGGAAGGUACAGAGGGCUUCACCACAGCCGCAGGGAGUGAGAAGACAAGUGGAGAUUCAGCUGGCCCAGACACAACCUUGGGAGACAGAGCAGGAGGAACCGGCAGCCCGACUGCAGCCGCCAGAGGAGGGACCCCGGAAGGUACAGAGGGCUUCACCACAGCCGCAGGGAGUGAGAAGACAAGUGGAGAUUCAGCUGGCCCAGGCACAACCUUGGGAGACAGAGCAGAAACAGCUCCAGGUCUUCAGACUGUACGUUUCCGUAUGGGUGUUGAUGUACAUCCAUUUCCCACGACCCUUGAUGCUGGCAUCCUCGGUAGCACUGGAGUGGGCGCUGCCGGUACUACCAGCCCUGGGGCCAUACCAGGAGGAACUGGCAGCCUGACUGCAGCCACCAGAGGAGGGACCCCGGAAGGUACAGAGAGCUUCACCACAGCUGCAGGGAAUGAGAAGACAAGUGGAGAUUCAGCAGGCCCAGGCACAACCUUGGGAGACAGAGCAGGAGGAGCGGAUAAGGGAUUUGCAGCCACUUUUGUAGCUUUUGGUGAAACCACUUCUGUUGCACCAGGUACCUCCAGGGAAGCAUUUGAAACAACCACUGCUUCUGGAAUUUCUACCACAGCAGUCACUGCUUCCACAGAAGUCAAGGAAACCUCUGAAACUAAAAUGCAAACAAGAUGUCCACCAUCACAUCCACCACCUCCAGUUUGUCAUGGUCCACUGGGAGAAAAGAAAUCUCCUGGAGAGGAAUGGACUGCCAAUUGUUACACAUGUACCUGUACUGAUGCAAAUACUGUGGACUGUAGCCUCAAGGAGUGCCCUUCUGCACCCACAUGCAAAACUGGAGAGAGACUUGUAAAGUUCCAAGAUAACGACACCUGCUGUGAAAUUGGAUACUGUGAACCAAGAACAUGUUUGUUUAACAGUAUUGAUUAUGAGAUUGGUGCUUCAUUUGAUGAUCCCAGCAACCCAUGCAUCUCCUACUCCUGCCACAACACUGGUUUUGUUGCAGUGGUCCAAGACUGCCCAAAGCAGACUUGGUGUCCAGAAGAAGACCGAGUCUAUGAUUCAAAAAAAUGUUGCUAUACAUGUAAGACUAAUUGUAGAUCUUCACCUGUGAAUGUGACUAUUAAGUACAGUGGUUGCCAGAAAAGGGUCCAGAUGGCAAGGUGUGUAGGGGAAUGCAAGAAGACUGUCCGGUACAAUUAUACACUCUUUAAGCUGACAAAUUCAUGCCUUUGCUGCCGAGAAGAUAACUAUGAGUUCCGAGAAGUUGUUCUUAGCUGUCCUGAUGGCAGUACAAUACCUUACAGAUACAGGCACGUCACAACCUGUUCUUGCUCAGACAUAUGCCAACAAUCUGUAACCCCAGCGGUCAGUUAACACUAUUAUAACAUUUCUGGGUAGAACAGGCUAGGUAUUUAUUUUAUAAAUGAACAAAAAUGAUCACUAAGUAGAAUAACUAAACAUUUGUAUCUCACUCAAAAAGUGAGUUUUCAUUAUGAGGCAUUUUGUUCUCUUGUUGACUGGAUCUGAAAAAUAAAUACAACUUUGCAAGCAA